CUCCGCUCAUCAGAGCCUACACGCAAUGAAACAGCGCUCAUCUCGAGUGGUGGAGUCAGUUUGAAACCGGCCCUCAGACAGGGUGUACAUGCUGCAGCACAGGAAAUGCCUUGUGGACGCUUGUUAGUUAUUUCGCGAUUUUGACUCCUCCGGGGAUCUCUGUUUAUUUCAACACCGAGCGUGAAAGGAAAAAAGUCCGUGGAAUAACUGAAGCUACAGGACAUCUAGUGCGUCAAGAUGCUCGGGAUAAGUCAACAUGUCUCUUUGACAACAGUGGCAGUUGUUGUGCUGCUGGCGUGCGUGUUGUCCUUCAAUGUGGACCAGAAAAAUGCCUUGUCAUUCAGCGGUCCACUGGAGGACAUGUUCGGCUACACUGUCCAGCAGUUUGAGAACAGCGAGGGGAAAUGGGUUCUGAUUGGAUCGCCGCUGUCAGGCCAGCCAGCUAAACGGACAGGAGACGUCUACAAGUGUCCUGUGGGGAAGGGGGACAACACAUGUGUUAAACUGGAGCUGCCUAAAAACACAACAGUUCCCAACUUACAUGAAGUCAAGGAGAACAUGACCAUGGGAACCACACUGGUGACCAAUCCCGACGGAGGAUUUCUGGCCUGUGGUCCUCAGUAUGGCUACAUGUGCGGAGAGCAGCAGUACAUCUCAGGAGUUUGUGCGAAUGUCAGCUCUUCCUUCCAGAUCCUCAACUCGGUGGCACCGGCCGUGCAAGAGUGUGCGAAGGAGCUGGACAUUGUGAUAGUUCUGGAUGGAUCUAACAGUAUCUACCCCUGGUCCAGUAUCAUUGAUUUUCUGCGACGUUUCAUCGAGAAGAUAGAGAUCGGACCUAAACUCUCACAGGUGGGCAUAGUGUCCUAUGGUGAAACUGUGACUCACCGUGUCAACCUGAGCCAGUUUGACAACACUCCUUCUUUGCUGAAGUUCGUCGAAGGGCUUCCUCAGCAAACUGGCUUCAAGACCAUGACUUUCCUGGGCAUUGAUAUUGCCAGGAAGGAGGCCUUCAUGCCAGAGCGUGGUGCACGACCUGGGGUGAAGAAAGUCAUGGUGAUUGUGACUGACGGAGAGUCACAUGACUUCCAUAAUCUAGACAAGGUCAUAGGAGACUGUGACAACGAUGACAUCGAGAGGUUUGGCAUUGCUGUUUUGGGAGACUACAAUCGUCAGAACAAAAGUGCAGAAGAAGUGCAGAAGUUUAUCAAGGAGAUUGAGUCCAUCUCCAGUAAGCCGCUACACGAACACUUCUUCAACGUGUCUGAUGAGGUGGCAUUGUUGACCAUUGUGGAUGCUCUGGGAAGCAGGAUUUUUGCAUUGGAAGCUACAACUGGCAAUUUCACCUCCUCCUUUGAGAUGGAGAUGUCCCAAGCUGGGUUUAGUGCACAUACUUCUAAAGAAGGUGUGUUACUGGGAGCAGUGGGAGCGUAUGACUGGAACGGGACUGUGGUAAUGCAUACUGCUGGAGGAACAAUCGUUCCAGGGAAGACCCAGUUCUACGACCCAAAGACUGAGGCUGGGUACGAAGGACUUGCUGGGUACCUCGGCUAUGAUGUUCAGUCAGCAUCCACCCCUGAUGGAGAACUGUACAUCACAGGUGCACCACGGUACAACCACACAGGCCGGGUUGUUAUCUAUCGUCUGAAUGAAAAGUACAACAUUAUUGUCUCACAGAUACUGAAAGGAGAACAGAUUGGUUCCUACUUCGGCAGCGUCCUGCAGACUGUGGAUGUGGAUGGGGAUACCUACACGGAUCUCCUCUUGGUCGGAGCUCCAAUGUACAUGGGCACAGAACGAGAUGAGCAGGGACAAGUCUACGUCUACAAACUUAACCAGGACGGCCAGUUUGAGCACGAGUUCACUUUAAAGCCUGUCAAUCAGUCCUGUUGUACUGCCCACUCAGCCAGCUGCACUAAUAAAAAUGAGCCAUGUGGUGCCCGGUUUGGUACAGCCAUUGCAGCAGUAUCAGAUCUCAAUCUUGACGGGUUUAAUGAUGUGGCAAUCGGUGCACCUUUUGAGAACGACCACCGAGGGGCCGUCUACAUCUAUCAUGGAGAUAAGAUGUCACUGAAAGAGAAAUUUGUACAGCAUAUUGCUGCAGGUGGGGAUGGUGAAAAGGUGAAAUUCUUUGGUCAGUCCAUACAUGGAGUCAUGGAUCUAAAUGGAGAUGGAAUCACUGAUGUUACCAUAGGAGGCCUGGGAGGGGCUUCACUAUUCUGGUCCAGAGAUGUCGCAGAGCUCCAUGCCAACAUGACUUUUAACCCUGUUAAAAUUAAUCUGCAGCAGUCUCAGCAUCAGUGUGAACAUGGUGGACGCAAAUCUGUGUGUGUGACAACUGAGGUGUGUUUCGCCUACAGUAUCAAAUCUGACCAGCAGGACUCAAACUCUGCUGCAGAGAUCCACUACAAUCUGACUCUGGAUGCUCUGCGUGCAAAAGCCAGGGCUUCAUUUAUUGCCUCGGACGAUAAAAGUGAUCGUAGGAUUACCAGGAGCUUCACCAUCAAAGACAGAGAGAGAAAAUGUGUGCCAGAUACCUUCAUGAUGUCGGCCCGGCCUGACUUCCGAGACCCUCUCAUGGUGUCUUUGGAGUUUGGACUAGCUGAUGAGAACCAAGGCCCUGUCCUGGAUGAAAACCUUCCCAGAUCCAUCAAUAAGACAAUUCCCUUAGUGGACUGUGGCAGAGAUGAGAAAUGCAUUGCUGACCUCUCUCUCAAAGCAGAGCCUAGUGUAAAAAGAAUGAUGAUCAAAGCAAACAAAGACAAGAUUGAUGUCAACAUCAUCGUUAGAAACAGCAAAGACAACGCAUACAACACUAAAGUCAUCCUCAGCUUCACACCGAACAUCAACUAUGUUAAAGUAGAGCCAGAGAAGGUAUGCACUCUAAAUCACACAAAAGUGGAGUGUGCGGUUGGAUACCCCUUCUUGGGAAGCAAUGUAGAGGAAAAAUUCAAUGUGAAAUUUGAGAUAAAUCCCAAACAUGUUCAGGCGGUAAUUCAGAUCAAUGUGACAGCUACAAGUGACAGUGAAGAGCUGGCUUCUACCCUGCAUGACAACACAGUGCAAAUCUCCAUCCCUGUGAAGUAUGAGGCUGGACUCAUAUUCUCAGUGCGGCCUGUGGAUGAACACGUUGUAGUAAAAGAGGGUGAACAGUAUUCCACUGUAUUCAAUGACACCAGGAUCAUUGGAGAGGAGGUCAACAUCAGCUACACGGUGGAGAAGUCAGGUGAUAUGGUGACUCCGCCCCUUAACCUUACAGUGACAUAUCCUCAUCUGUCUCCUCGGCAGAACAACUUACUUUACCUGACACAUGUCACCACCAGCCCACAGGUGAAAUGUGACGCAGCACGUUGGAUCAACCCUGACAAAAUUAACCCGGGCGUUAUAAAGCCCAGUCCAAAUAAAGAAACACUCAGUGUCUUCCUACUGAGCUGUGAAAACCACUACUGUGCAUCAUUUAGCUGCUCCAUCCCCGAGGCUACGAUCAGUCAGGUCAACGUCACAUUCAGAGUGUGGAAACCUACGUUCAUCAAGGGCGAGUUUUCCAGUCUGUACAUGUUGGUGAAUGCCACACUGGGGAUCACAAACACAGACCUGUUUGGACUGAACAGCAGUGACAGGACCAGAAGUGUGAAGAUCCAGGUUUCAAAGGAGACCUUAGGGGGAAUCCCUAUUUGGAUCAUCAUCAUCAGCAUCCUGAUAGGACUGCUGAUCUUAGCACUUGUCAUCUUCGCUCUCUGGAAGAUGGGCUUCUUCAAGAGAAAAUCCAGGGACUACUCAAAGGAGGAAAUGAUGGACUGAAGGAUCCAGACAUCCAGCAGCAAGCAUCCCUGUGACCGACUGCUUCCAGAGCCAACAGGUCGCACAAAGUGACAGGCAGACGGAGGAGACGCCAUAAGACCCACAGACACCUCAGUGCUACGACACAGUGACAACCUGGAAAACACAGUUACCAUUCACUGUUUCCUAUGUAGGCCUGGGUCAAAUAAUGUUUGCAAAUACUUCCCAACCCUUGUCCUUUAAUGAGCACUAGGUUACAACACUGGGGCUAUUCAGAUGGUCUCAUACACAGAGAGUGCUUUCUUUUACUUGUAUAAAGUCGUUGGCACUAACUGUAUACCUUAUGUGAAGUAUUUGCUAAUUCUAUUUGUUCUAGAUCAGCUUCUUUCUUGCAGAUAUACAGAAUACAUCAAGUCAGGUCAAGCCGUUCAAGAAGAGGAGCCAGAGAGGAGGAAGAAACCAUCACUUAACAGCCAUCUGUUGGCAAAGUAGCAUAUAUCUGUAUUACAUACAGCAGUUUUACAAAACCUUCAGAGCUACAACAACUGCACUCCAGCUUUAGAGGGAAAAGUACUCAGGUUUUUCGGUAUGAAGAUCCAAUGUCGCCUAAGCCACCUCACAUACUUUCUAUAGUAUGUCAUUACAGCAACAAUGUCCAAAGGUCUUUUCGCUUCUGCGACAUACAAUUAUGUGAAUUUUAUAUGUGUUGGAGCAGUCUGGCUGAUAGCGUAAAUUCUUGUUUUAAAGCUUAUGUGCUUGAUUAGUUUCAUGAAACACUGUACCUUUUAGCAUUUUAAUUUUGUUUUUGUUUGGUAUUUUUGCUGAAUUUUAACAAUAUAACAUGGCACAUCCUUAAUUUCAAAAUGUUGGCUAAAGACACUGACCUGAACACAAGCUUUAUUUUAAGCAAAGCUGCAGUCUUUUUGCUUUUAUUCUUUAUACUUUUAAUCUUUGUUAAACAAUUCAAAAACAAAAAUAUCUUGUCCUAACUCCGAUGUUAAAUGUUUGUAAUUAGUGUCACCAUGGUUACUGAGGGAUACAGAAAGCUGUGCCUUCAAAAUCCAAAACUUUGAUUGUACUGUAAAUAUAAGUAAAUGCUCAAAAUGUAAAGCUUAAAAAUGUACAUAAUUGUGUUUGCUAUAAUUCAUGUAAUUUAAGAGACGUUAUCCAUAAAUCUUUUCUUUUGUGAUCAGAGAAGAUGAUUUUGCUCAGGUGCUACAAGUAUCAUGAAUGAUGACAUUAACAUUUAACAUAUAUGACAAUUAUCUGGCCUAUCUCACAUUUUCGAAGCAGAUGCAAAUGUGUAAAUAUUGUUAUAUUUUGACGAGAAAAAGAAAGUAUAAAUAUUCUGUACUGAAGAUAUACAUGAAGAUGAGGGUUUGUAUACACUACUUUGGUUUUAUUUGAUUGAAGGUGAUGUUUCAAGCCUGGUGAAUGGCUGUGUUCUGAAUGCCAAGGCUUUAACACAUUUGAGAUGAGAUACCACUGUAACAUAUUUUGAUGUCAACCUUUUUAAUUUGCAAAAUGGAAGUUUAAAAUUUCUUCCAAUGUAGAAAUAUAUGUGUCACCAUUCACCAGCAGUUUCCAUAUAGUAAAUGGGAUUAAUUGGUUGGUGGUUUGUAGUGUAGACAAGCUACAAUAUGUACACCAAGUAUUAGCAUACUGUAGGUUCAAUGUCACCCCAUACGAAGUUAUUCUUUCAGGUUUUCUGUCUUGUUUUUGUUUCCAGAAGUUGCACAGCUACACAAUAUGUUAAAAAGAGAUUAUAUUGUAUGUUGGGGAGACUGGGUUUCUGCCUCUUUCUCAACUUUUUCCCUCACUGUCAUACAAUGAAGCUGAGGGAAGACAGCAAGAAGAAGAAGAAGGAGAAGAGGCAGCUUUUUAAUAUUUAAAUAUUCCUCAGCUCUCACUCUCCACUGUUGACAUGAAGCACAUGUAAUAAAUUGUAUGUAUGUGUAACUGUUAGUCAUUUUAAGAUUGUAUGGCUACAUCAGACUUAUGCACGAGGGUGGAGUCAUGAGUCUCUCUUUGUUCACUUGAGGUGGUCUGGGAUUAUUUUCUCAGAUGUUACGGUCUCUUAACUCCUGAGAAAGAGUGAGGCACAAAGUGAGAGUUGUGAGCUCCACCCCAGCCUUCUACACUGCUGUGAAGUCUUCAUUGUAAUGCACUGGUUUGUCAGACUGUAUGCGUCCUCAUCAGCACAGAAAUUAACUGAAUCUAAUUUACAAAAUAAAGACUUUUUACAAAGGA